AUGUCUUCUGUUGAUGAAAAUAUUAGUGAAAGUGUAUCGAAGGUGCUUCCAAUUUUUGUCGUAAGUUUUUUUGUUGAAAUUAAAUUGCUCCAAAUUAUGUGGAACUAUUUACAAAAAUAUUUUUUCAGAGAGAAACACCAUUACCCGAUGAUGAACACCAACUUCAAUACCCAUAUAUGUAUUCAUUUUUCGUGCGACCAAAUGGAAAAUUCGAUCCAGAAGACUACGCCAACUAUGUUCAACCGGUAGCUGUUGUCAAAACGGUUGAGCAAUUUUGGCGCGUCUUUUUGCACUUCAAACGACCAACUGAUUUGGGCGACAAGGCAGACAUUCACUUUUUCAAAAAUGGCAUCAAACCAGUGUGGGAGGAUCCGGCAAAUAUUCGUGGCGGAAAAUGGAUUAUUCGAUUGAAGAAGGGACUUUCAACGAGAAUGUGGGAGAAUUUGUUGAUGGCGAUCAUUGGAGAACAAUUUCUGGUGGGAGAAGAAAUUUGUGGAGCCGUUUGCUCGAUUCGAAAUCAAGAGGAUAUUAUUUCACUCUGGACCAAGUGAGUACUAAAGUGUUCAUGUAAAAAUUGCAUUUUUUGAGAAAGACCUUUGGGAAAUUUGAAUCAGCCAGAAUAUUUUGAAGUGUUAAAAGUUGUAGAAAAUGUAUUCCCUCUUUAGAAGUUUUCUAACCUGAAAUGAUGUCAAACACUAAACUUAUCAAUUAUUUCAAAAACCCUCAUCCAAUGUCACUUUCUCUUCCAGAACUGCUGACAGUCUCCCAAUCACCAAUCGAAUUCGUGAAACUUUGAGACGCGUCUUGAAUCUUCCACAAAACACCGUGUUGGAAUACAAAAAACACGAUGACUGCCUCAAGUAAGAAAUAUUUUUAUUUCAUAAAAUAACUUAUCAAAAGAUAUUUUUCAGGGAUCAGAGCAGCUAUCGUCAUACCACAAACAUCUACAAAGUUUGA